AAAGUUGACAGCAUCCUAAACAUUCACAUUCAUUCCCAUUCCCAAUACUCUCAUCUGUUAUUCAGUUCUUGCAAUGAAUACUCUUACUUCUUGACGGCCCUGAAUCAUCCUAUACUUGAUCAGUAAACAACAUGGCCUCAGGUCAGCCAUGGAUCAACCAGGACCUGGGUGGAGAUGAUGAGGAAUCCGACAAUGAAUUCAACCCGGGUGUCGAAGCAGGCUCCGACGCCGAAGGCGAUAGAGAAGAUGCGAAGCCGCAAAGUAAUAGGAGAGACGUCAAUCCACAAUCUGACGACGACGACGGAGCCCCGGAGCCCAGAACGAACGGCAACAGAUCCACGUCCCCAGAUCGAAAGCCUAGACGAUCUCCCGUAGACGAGGAUGAUGCUGAUGGAGACGAGGACGAAAAGCUGGACAAUGGUGAGGAUGAUGAAGGUGAAGGCGAGGAUUUGAACGGAGACGACGAUGAUGAGGACGAGGAAGAAGAGGAUGAAGACGACGAGGACGCAGUUACAAGUCGGCCACGCAAACGAAGAAGAAGAGGCCUCAACCAGUUCUUCGAAGAAGAAGCCGAAGUCGACGAAGAUGAUGACGAUGUUGAGGCAGAUGAAGACGACCUGGGUCCAGAGUUCAUACAAGAUACACAUCCGGACGAUGACCUACCUCCCGAAGCAGAUCAAGACGAUGCUAGACACAGAGAACUUGAUCGAAAGCGACAAUUGGAAGCCUCCAUGGACGCAGAACAGGAAGCCGCUGCGUACAAAAAGAAAUACGGUCGGAGAACGGCUGCAGCACUCAGCAACACUUCUUUCGUGCCGCAGAACCUACUCAUGCCAGACGUCAAUGAUCCGAGUAUUUGGGGCGUCAGAUGCAAAGCCGGAAAAGAACGCGAGAUUAUCAGCAGACUCAUGAAGAAGUUCUUUGAGAGCCAGAGCAGCCGAACUCCUAUGCGGAUCUGCUCGGCUUUCGAGCGUGGCGAUGGACCCAUGGCAGGCUAUAUCUUCGUGGAGGCUCGAAGCAAGGUAGACGUGGACGAUGCACUCAACAAUGUGGCGGAUGUCUAUCCACGAUCGAAGAUGAACCUCGUACCCGUCAAGGAGAUGCCCGACCUGUUGAGAGUCAACAAAAGCAAAGAGCUCGAAGUUGGUGGCUACGUGCGUAUCAAGCGAGGCUUGUACCAGGGCGAUCUGGGCAUGAUCGAGGCCGUCGAGUCCAAUGGUCUUGAAGUGACGGUCCGACUAGUCCCUCGGCUUACCUAUGGCAUGGACGAAGACACGAUGCGACCCGGAAAUGCAGACGCCAAGCGGAAGCGCCCGAAUACUUUUGGACCCGUCAACAACUUUGCAAACCGACCUCCACAGCGACUGUUCAACGAGGCGGAAGCGCGGAAAAAGCACGACAGAUUCAUGCAACAGAACAGAGGCCUUUCGAACAAAUCUUGGACCUACAAAGGCGACCAGUAUGAGGACGGUUUCUUGAUCAAAGACUUCAAGCUACAGCAUCUCGUCACGGAGAACGUGAACCCACGACUUGAUGAAAUCACCAAGCUUACCAAGACCGCUGCGGAUGGUACCGAGACCCUCGACCUGGAGUCUCUUGCCCACAGUCUGAGGAAUACAACGGCUGAAGGUAGCUUCCUACCAGGUGAUGAGGUGGAAGUCUAUGAAGGCGAACAGAGAGGCAUUGUCGGCAGAACCGAAGCAGUCAAUGGCAACAUUGUGUCAAUCAUGGUAACACAAGGUGAUCUGACUGGCAAGCUUGUCGAGGUGCCUGUAAAAGGCCUCCGGAAGCGCUUCAGAGAAGGUGACAAUGUUAAGAUUGUCGGUGGGAGCAAAUACCGUGAUGAGGUGGGAAUGGUCCUUCGUGUCAAGGACGACAAAGUCACAGUUCUCACCAACACGACCAACGAAGAAAUCACUGUCUUUAGCAAAGAUCUCAGAGAGGCAACGGAUGGAGGCGGUGAUGGCGCUGGAACGAGCAAGUUUGACGUCCAGGAACUGGUACAGAUUGAUCCUACCACGGCUGGCUGUGUCAUUAGAGCUGACCGCGAGUCGGUGCGGAUAUUGGAUCAAAAUGGCUCGGUCACCACUCGAAUGCCUUCGCAAAUCCAGAAGAUUGAGGCCCGGAAGAAUGCCGUCGCCACAGAUAAGAACGGCGCCGAAAUACGUAUAGGGGAUGUUGUUCGCGAGUCAGGCGGAGAAGGCAAAAGCGGCACGAUACUCCAUAUUCAUAGAGGAUAUGUCUUUGCACACAACAAGCUUGGAAUCGAGAACUCGGGGGUGUGGGUGGCUCGGUGCACCAACGUCAUCACCACGGCAGCAAAGGGUGGACGGAUUACAGCACCUUCGACCGAUCUAACGAAGAUGAAUCCUGCCCUUCAGAUGAAGCAACGAUCGGAUAUGGCAAUGGCGCCGCCUCAACGACCUGGACGAGAUCCACUCCAAGGACGGCUGGUUCACAUCAACAAAGGUACCUACAAGGGACAUCGUGCGAUUGUCAAAGACACCACAGCUGGAGAGGCAAGACUCGAACUCCAGACAAAGAACAAGGUGGUCAAUAUCAGCAAAUUUGACCUAUCUAUUAUUGAUGAACAUAACCAGAGCAAGACUAGAUAUGAGGACUGGUCCAAGACGCGUGGUGGCCCGCCCUCUAUGCGAGCUGGACAUGGUUCUGGAGGUUCGCGUAUUCCAGAUGCGGGUGGUUUCGGAGGACGAACUCCCAUGGGUGUCAUGGGUGGUAGCCAAACUCCAGCAUGGGGUUCAUCAUCCCGAACACCGGCAUGGGGCGGUCCUAGCAGCUCUGGCCUUGAGAGUGGCCGUACUCCAACUUGGAAAGGUCCGUCUGGUUCGCAGACGUCCUAUGGCGGCGCUGGCGGUGGUAUGACAUCCUACGGAGGUACUGGCAACUAUUUGACAGCCGGGGCAGCCGGGGCCGCCGGCGGCCGAACGCCAGCUUGGAGUUCCAGCGCAAAGACUCCCUAUGGUGCCGACCACGGAUUCAGUUCUUCCGGUGGUUCAGGUUUUGAUGGUUUCGGAGCCGGCUCAAGAACCCCAGCCUAUGUUUCCUCAUCAUCUCGCACACCAGCUUGGAGUGGGCCAGGCAACACAACGUCAGCACCAACACCGUCUGCGCGGCCAUACGAUGCCCCCACUCCAGGAAUCUCCGCACCCACACCAGGUGCAUCUGGUCGACAAGACGACGACGCCUAUACUCCAUAUCUGGGUGCCCCCACACCAGGCGCUGGUGCCUACGAUGCUCCUACGCCUGCACCCAGCUUUGUCAAGAACGCAAACCAUGAGCCUCUCGCCCAUAAUCGUUUGGCUUUUGAGGCGCCUACACCUGCCGCCAGCGCAUCUACACCGUACGCUAGUGGUGCUUUUGAUGCUCCCACACCUGCGGCUGGGGGACCUCGAUACCUCGAUGAUGACGAUGACUGAAAAGGUCUCCAAAGAUAUUGCAGGCAUGGGCUUCUGCUCAAUAUGUAUCAAUUAGCAUAACCAACAUGACAAGGGUCGGCUAUGGAGCGGCGUCGUGUUACACGCAGGGGGAAAAGUCGUAGUCUGCAGCGAGGUAGUCGACCUUUGCAGUCGACACCAUAACACGU